UGUCCCUCUUCAUUGCAGGGGAGUUGGACUAGAUGAGUUUAAAGGUCCCUUCCAACUCAAACGAUUCUAUGAUGCUAGGUAACAGUGGGUUAGAGUGCAGUCCAAACAGCAAAGGUAGCAAUCAUGCACGUUUUGUUCGUAACUAUCAGAACACUUUAUCGUGUUGAUGACUAGAUACUUGAGGGCUUUAAAGGGUUUUGGAGCAUUUGCCCCUCGGUUGCGGUGCAGCAGAUGCAGUACCCACCGACCCCACAAGAGGUCAGGCGGAGCUUUUUAGGACUAUUGCUGCAGGGCGCGGAUCCCGUUACCUAGCGACGCACGCUGUCGUGCAGCCCUUUGCGGCAGCUGGGCCCGUUCCCCCGUUCCGCCCGGCGGCGGCAGCAGCACCGCCAUGUCGGGGCCGGGGCGGGCGGGGGAGUCGGACCGGACGCUGUUCGUGGGGAACCUGGAGAGCCGCGUGCGGGAGGAGAUCCUCUACGAACUCUUCCUGCAGGCUGGACCAUUAACCAAAGUGACGAUUUGUAAAGACAAGGAAGGAAAACCUAAGUCUUUUGGAUUUGUCUGCUUCAAGCACAAAGAAUCAGUGCCUUAUGCAAUAGCUUUGCUGAAUGGAAUCCGUUUGUAUGGAAGACCAAUUAAAGUACGGUAUCGGUUUGGAAGUUCACACUCUUCAGAACUAAACAGCCCAACACAUGGUUUUGAGAACUAUGUUGACUUAUAUUCACCUUCAUAUAGGUAUCCAGAGCCUUAUGGAAAUCCUCCAUUUCCUGUUACUCCUUUUCCAAUGAACAAUUGUUUACCUCAGGAACAUUCCGUCUUUCAAAAGAUGAUGAACCAUUUUUUAGAACAGCAAUACACAGUUCACAGUCCGGUGGGUCAGCAAUUUCCUUACUACCAGAUGACUCUGCCACUGCCUUCAAGCUUAUCCAUUCCUCCCUAUCAGAAUCAAGCUGCAAAUUUUAAGUCUGGACAGAGUUCUUUCGAGUUGGCUGUGCCACAUUCAAGUGAUGGAAAAGUGUACCAGGUGGAUGAAAGCACCUCUAAAAGAAAAAGAGAACAGCAAAGUUGUGACAGCGACACUAGUACUGAGGAUGAUAGAAUGAGACGAAGAGAUCAUGACCAAAAAUACAAUAAGUGCAAAGCCAAGAAAAAAAGGCAUUAGUACUGUAAAAAUGGAUUAUUUUUUGUCAUAUUUUCUAUUUUUAUUUGAGAGAAAUUCUCUCAUUGUUGCACUUUAUUACAAAAGGAAUGUUCAAGAGUCAUAUUAAUUUUGAAAUACAUUAUGCAUAAAGUAUACUGAUACUUUAUUUAACCUCAACCAAAUAAAAGAAGAAAGUAUUUUAAGGUAUGGGAAAUAUUUAAAAAGAUACAAUUUUCCUACUGAAGGAAAAAAGUAGAUAUUUAUGCUUCUGCUUUCCAAGAAUUUCGAAAGUUUGUUAUUUCGCUAAUUUAGAAACUUUGUGAAAAUGUAUACUUUGAGCCACUCAUAAAGCAUAUGUAUCACUUCCAUGACUUUUGGAAUUUACUUUUGUGACUGCUUUAAGAAUUUUCUGGAGCUGCUGAAGAAGUGAGCAGGCUAGAAAUUCUAAGCACCGUAUUAGAGAUCUGCUCAUCAUUGAAGUAUGAACACCUACAACUUUUCCUUUUUCCUGAUUUAUCUCCGCUCUUAUGUUCCAUUAGAAUCACUGUGUACACUUAUUGUAACUGUUUUUUUUUUUUUUCCAGUAGUAAAUGCAAGGUAAAAAAAACGGGCAUUUGCACUAACUAAAGGGUUUACCUAAUGUAUCAGUUCUCAAAUGGAUGUACUUAAAGGUUACAAUAUGUUCUGACUAGAACUGUGUAUACACGUAUGCGGAUCUUUCUAUAAACUUACUCUCAAGUGCUCUAUUUGCUUAUUUGAAACUCUAAUUGUUAGUUGUAACAAAUGGAUGAAAAAUAACUGAGCUUCUCUAUUAUAGUUCUAAAUGGUAGGUUAAAACCAAGAAUCCAUGCAGUUAAUACUACCUCCUAAGAACAAAGUUCCUCCCUUGUUUGCAGAGGAAGAAUAAACUGUCUCAUACCACA